UGAGUAUCGUCUCUCUGUCUGUGUGUUCAUAUGCAGUGAAAUGGCAGGAGCCAGUAUCUCAUGGGCUGAGGACCAGUUCUGCUGUCCAGUGUGUCUGGAUCUACUGAAGGAUCCAGUGACGAUUCCCUGUGGACACAGUUACUGUAAGGAAUGCAUCUCAGGUUGCUGGGAUCAGGAUGAACGGAAGGGAAUCUACAGCUGCCCUCAGUGCAGAAAAACCUUCACAACAAGACCAGUUUUAAAUAAGAAUGUGGUAUUUUCUGGGAUGGUGGAGCAACUCAAGACGAUGAGACUCCAAUCUGUUCCUGCUCCUCCUGCUGCUCCUGCAGUUGAUCACACUGGAUCUGGAGAUGUUCAGUGUGACUCCUGCACUGGAAGAAAACAGAAAGCAGUGAAGUCGUGUCUGGAGUGUCGAAGCUCUUACUGUCAAAAUCACCUUGAACAGCAUGAGAAUCUUUUCAGAGGUAAAAGACACAAUCUGAUGGACGCCACUGGACGACUGCAGGAGAUGAUCUGCACUCGACAUGGUAAAAUGCUGGAAAUUUACUGCCGUACCGACCAGCGGUGUAUCUGUAUGCUGUGUUUGGUGGAUGAACACAAAAAUCAUGACACUGUAUCAACUGAAGUGGCAAGAACAGAGAAACAGAAACAUUUUGAGGAAACACAGAAAAACAUCCAGAAAACAAUCCAGCAGAGAAAGAUAGAUCUAAGGCGGAUGAGAGAGGCUGUGGAGUCUCAUAAGCGCUCUGCACAGACUGCAAUGGAGGGCAGUGAGAGGAUCUUCACUGAGCUCAUCCGCUCCAUUGAGAAACGUCACGCUGAGGUGAAGCAGCUGAUCAGAGAUCAAGAACGAGCUGCAGUGAAACAAGCUGAAGAAAGACUGGCGCGACUGGAGCUGGAGCUCGAUGAUCUGAGGUGGAAAGAGACUGAACUGAAACAGCUUUCAAACACAGAUGAUCAUAUUCAUUUCCUCCAGAGUUGCCCAUCUGUCUCUCUCUCUGGAUCUACAGACAGCUUCACUGUCAGUUCUCGUCCCAAUUUUGAUGAGGUAGUGAAGUCUGUCUCUCAACUCAGAGACAAACUGCAGCAGUUCUGCACAGAUGAAAUAGAAAGAUUAUCUAAAACAGCUAAUACUGUUUUACUCUCAGAAUAGAGUUGAGCACUGUUCAUUACAUAUGAAAUGGUAAUAGUUUCAUUCUUGAUGGGAAUUAAAGGGUUUGCACUAAUGC